ACCCGGUUACUACUUAUCUACUGAUAUAACCGGUGUACUCUUGCUGAUCGUCGGGAUAGUAGCUCUAGUAACCUACUCAAGUUUUGAGGGUCUGAUCACCAAUAAAUUCUUCACAUUGCCAAGUUUCGUCAUUGCCACCGGCGUCAUCAUACUCGUCACGUCUGUUCUGGGCUUCUAUGGAGCUAUAUCAGAACAAUUCUACUUCAUUGCUGGGUAUGUGGUGAUGCUGCUAGUGGUGCUGGUGUUUGAGAUAUCGAUGGUGACUGUGGCUUACCGGCUGGAAGGCAACUCGGCCUCCGAGAUACAGAGUACAAUGCUGGGCAGCCUGCAACAGUACAGCACCCGCAUAGAAGUCGCCAGGAUGUGGGACGAUCUGCACAGAGAGUUCGAGUGCUGUGGCGCGAGAAAUCGCUUCGACUUCCAGUCCGACCGGAUCCCGGUGAGUUGCUGUCACAUCGACUACGGACAAGUGGGCAACUUCACCUGUACCGUCACCAAUGCGCACACGCUGGGCUGCGCCAGCGCACUCGGCGACGAACUCAAUUACUACGCGUUCGUCAUCGCUGUCUCCGCUGUUGUCGCUACCAGUCUUCAGGUCCCGUUGACUGCUCUGGCUGCCUGGAUGGCUUACAGGGCAAAGUAUCAAGAAGUUGAAUUGGAAUCCUAAAUAAAGCUAAAUAACCUAA